AUGGGAAAUAGUAACAAAGCUGUUAAGACUUACCAUAAUUUCAAUGUUAGGCAAAUACCAGCAUUUGAUCAUCCUUUGCUCAAAAACCAUGCUAUUCUGAGGAGGCCUAGUUAUCACCCAGAGGAAGGUAUUAUUGGUGAGAAUGAUGCAUUCGAUUUUGAAGGCCAUGGGGAGGAUGAUAAAAUCACUCAGUUAUGGCAGUUGAAUGGGAGGUGUCCUGAGGGAAUCAGAAGACACCAAAAUCCAAGUAAUCUCAAGAGAUAUGCCAAGAAGAAGCACAAAAACAUUCUCCAAAUUUCUCCAAUUGAUGUGAAGCGUGCAUUUGCAUACGUGCAAGGUGGCAAGUACUUUGGGACAAAGGCAUAUCUAAACCUUUGGAAACCCCAAGUUCAAAACCAAGACUUUAGCUCGUCUCAAAUCUGGAUUCUUGGAAUUCCUGAUGCAAAGGUCAACUCCAAUGAAGCUGGUUGGAUGGUACUCCCAAAUCUUAAUGGAGAUAAUACAGCAAGACCCUUCACCUACUGGACUGUAAGCCAUUACAUCUAA